UGUCUUACGACUUUAUUUGUCAUCAAAUAGUAACACGUUCCCUGCGUGAUCCAUUUAUAUUAUUCUAUCACGCGGCGACCUCCUAUGCCUCAUGCAUGCCUUCCGCUUCACCUUCUCUCAGUUCCUGCACCCCCUCUUGGACCCGCAUUCUCUCUCGGUCCCGCAACUUCUCUCAAUCCUUCAGCUUCUCUUGGCAGUAAACCUGCUUGCUCGCUCUCACCUUCUUCUGGAGUCUUAGUCUCUGCAUCUAGUCCUCCUCCACUUGGUUUCUGGGCUUAUUCUCAGCACGGUACCUAAGUGGUGAAGAACUUCAUGGGAAAAUAAGGUCUCAAUUAAGCGGGACAAGCAGUAGAGCUAGCCAAGUUCCAGCACUUACUUAUCUGAGUUAUAAAGCGGUGAAUAGUCGCUGGAUAAGCUGUAC